AUGGAAACUACUACAACAACAGUACCAGUAGAACUUGGCUUUGCAGAACUUUCUGAAUUACCUUUAACAUCUGACAUAUUUCCAAGUAAAAUUGGGGGAAAACCAGCAUGGCUAAAUCCUAAACAUAUAUUAUCAUUUGAACAAGUUAAAUGUGGUAUAUGUGAAAGACCAAUGAUACUGUUGGUUCAACUUUAUGCACCAGAAGAUCAAGAUCAACUACCAGAAGCAUUCCAUCGUAUGAUUUAUAUUUUUUGUUGUAAGAAUGGAUCAUGUCAUAAACAAGAUUGGCAUAAAUGCCAAAAAAUACUAUUUCCUGAAUAUGAAAUUAUCACUGAACCAGAAGAAAUCGAUAAUGUUGAAGAAAAAAAUUUAUCAUAUUUAUCAUUGUUACCAAAAAAGGAUUCUAGUGAAGAAUUUGACGAUAUUUAUGAAAAUAGUAAAGUUAAAGUCGAUAAAGCUUUUUUAAAAUUUCAAAAAAGAAUUCAAUUAUAUUCAAGGUUGCAUGAAGAUGAUAAAAACCCAGACCCAUUAUGGGUAAGUGAUAAUGAUAAACCUGGUGAAAACAAUAUUAUUAUACCAAAGUGUUCAAAUUGUGGACAAGAGAGAACAUUCGAGUUUCAAGUAUUAUCAACCUUAUUAAAUUAUCUUAAAAUAGAUCACACAAAACUUGAUUCACUUGAUUGGGGAACAUUAUUAAUUUAUAGUUGCAAAGAUAGUUGUCACUCUGAAAAUAAUUAUUAUUUGGAAGAAUUCAUCUAUAGACAAGAUUUUAGCAAUGAUGGUCAGAUAACAAAAAAAGUGAAGUAUGAUGUUGCUGAAGUACUUUCCAAGUAUAAACCAUCAAAUGAUUGCCAUCUCAAUAGCUUUGCACUUGGCCCAUUUGAACUUUCAGAUGAUAUUUUAUUUACAGCUAUUGACGACUGUUUUCCUUUUGUUGGUAGAGAAAAGGAAAUGAAAAUGUUAGAGAUAUGUAUUAUUGAUAAUAUCAAGAUUUGGAACCGAUUACAUAAUCAUCAUCCUAAUUUUUGUCAUACAGAUGCUCUUGAAUCAUUCAAAAGAUUAUACCAAACUCUAGUGGUUGCUGGAGCACCAGGAAUAGGGAAAACAACAUUUAUACAACGUGCAUUAGACCAUACAGAAAGGAUGCUGAUUAAUCAGUAUUAUACAGAGUCAGUCAUAGUAUUAAGGAUCCUACAUCAAUCAAUUAAUGGAAGGGAAUAUCAUCUGUUCUUAAAUGAUUUAGAAUAUUAUCUUGAAUCAUAUGGCUUACACUUGAAGGAUAUCAAUCUCAAAACUGUACUUGAUCAUGUCCUUCAUGAGAAAUCAGAUCACAACCAAUUACUCACAAUGUUUCACAUUACUGAAACAAAUAUUUUUUUCCAAAAUGAUGAAGGCAGGCUUUUAGAAGCAAUCACAAACAGCAUUUAUAAUUUCAACAAGUCACAAGGAACUCAUUUUCUCUUUACUUGUUAUGAUGGAACACAUAGAGAUGAUUUAUAUAUGUCAUUUGGAAGCAGUGGACCUAGUAUGUUACCCAUUAUCCUAUCAAAUCCAUCAAUUAAUAAUUUCAUUGAAAUUCUUCAGUAUUUAGCCAAUAAAGUUUCCACAACCCAAUUUUACAUUUCUGAUCAAUGCAAAUAUGCACUGGAAGAUCUUGCCUUUAAGGUUAAGUUAUUCAAGAAAAUGAUAGAAAAUCACAUGAAUGACAAUAUUAUUCUCAAGAAAUUAUUACAGUUGUUACAAUCUAUUAUUCUCAAGAAUUUUGUUCAAUAUAUUACUUCUCUAAGCAAACUUAGUGCUGAUGACUUUUUAGUCAUCUUGGCUUAUAUUGUAAAUGAUUUUCAAGUCCAAGAAGACAUGAGUAUUGGAAAUACAACUUUUGGUAAUUUGGAGAAGGAUGAUGGGACAAUACUUGAUUAUUUACAUACACUUUUCUGGGAUGGAUUGCCAUCAUCAUCUCAUAGUAAUGAACGAAGUGAUUUAGCAAUGAUGACAUUAAAGCUAUUGUUGUUCAAAGCUAAAAGACGCAGGACCUUUUAUCUCACAGAAAUAUUUCCUGGACUUAAAGGACAAGUUGGAAAAAUGGCACUCCUUGUUCCUGAGAACUUAAGUAAUCCAACAGUACUUCAUGAAUGGUACAAAGGAAAAAAACAUAUUGGAGAAGAGAUGAUUAUCGGCUGUGGAAGUGAUCCAUUGCCUGAUUCAUGGUUUAGUUUUAAGAAGGAGGAUGGGAGUGGUGUCAUUAGAGUAUAUUUUGAAAGCAAAAAAAACGUGAAAAUAACAAAAAGUUGUGACUAUGAUAUUUCUAGUAUAGAAGCAGAUGAUGAUGAAUAUAUUAUUGGAACAAAUAACAUGG